GGACAGGCCAGGAAAAGAGUGCAGGCAGCAAGCAAGCUGAUAAAGGCGAGGCGGACCUGGACAAGCGGCCACCAGGCCCUGUCAGGACUCAUGUCUGGACUCGUCACACUCUGUAGGCUGAAGAGCUGGCUUUGGCUGCCCCCGCAGAGGUUCAGGAGCUUCCACCAGAGUCAGAUGGCCACCACGCGAGCAUUGCGCCCACUUUUAAGGGAAGGAGGAGAGGUCAAGAGAAGGUCAAGAGCUCAGCCAAAGUCAUUCAAGACAGCAGAUAAGAAGACAGCAGUCCCGAUGCCCUGACCUCCUCGUGGUGCUAGCUCUCUCCACCAUCUACUACAGAAAUGACAACCAUUUGUCCAGGUCCUGCAUCUUGGAGACUCAAGUGUGAGUUGCAAGACCCAUCCCUGCACUUGCCUCCCCCAGCUAAGAGCCACAGCAUAGGUGCCACUGACAACAAGCAAUGACAACAGCUUGAAAUAAAACUCUCAGGCCUUUAUUGAAGAAAUGCAGAUGUCAAAUAUUUGGAGGAGUGACCUUUAUUGAAGAGAUGCAUAUACUGAAUACCCAGAAGGGUGGCUAAGUGGGUCUCAGGGUGAGAGAUCGGGUGCUAUGCUGGCCGCACCAGCGCGUUUUGCUGGGAGGGAGCUAUAGAGGAGCAGGAGAUGGAGACACUUAAACCUGAAGAAGCUCCCUGUCCACCUCAGGCUGGAUGCUAGGGCUGGGAACUGACACCUGUGAGAUCCACGGUGGUGGCUUCUCUCCCCUGCUCCAGUCUGGGCAGAGAAAGCACACCCGGCACGGGCGAGGGGACAUACACAAAUCCCACGGGCCGGCGGGACGAGACGACCCGGUGCCGGCUCCGCUCUGCUUCAUCAAGCCACCCCUAUGGCGGCUCUACCGACGACAACCUCCAGAUUCGGACCUGAGGAAGACACUAACCCCUCUCUCCCCCUCUCCCGGGCGGCACAAAAUGGCGAGCGGGGCGGGGUGAGGGCCGCCCCUCAGGGCGAGCGGCGGCGGAAGGGGCGGGCAGCGGCGGCAGCGGCAGCAGCAGCAGCGUGGAACCGCCAUGGGCCGCAAGAAGAAGAAGCAGCACGGGCCCGGCGGCCGUGAGGGACGGCUGGUGGUGACUUUUGACGAAGAAAGGCGGAGGGAGUACCUGACCGGUUUCCAUAAGCGGAAGGUGGAGCGGAGGAAGGCGGCGCUGGACGAGAUCAAGCGGAAGCUGAAGGAGGAGGAGAGGAAGAUGAAGGAAGAGCGGCACCAGGAGUACCUGAAGAUGCUGAGCGAGAGGGAAGAGGCGCUCGAUGAGGCUGAUGAGCUGGAGCACUUGGUGACGUCUCAGACGGAGUCUGUGAACAUCGACCACCCAAACCAUAUUGUAACAGUGACCACUAUCAGUGACCUGGACCUCUCAGGAGCACGCCAGCUGGGACUGACUACACCUGUGGAAAAAAAUGAUGGAUCAGACGAAGAGAAAGGUGAAGAGAUGGUGAACAAGCCUGUAAGAGCAAUGCCCAAGAAGUCCAGAAACCCUUUCCUAUCUGAAAAGAUCUCUUCUCUUACUGCCACGUUGCACAUGCACAGCCAGAAGAAGAGGAAAGGAAAGAGAUGCCAGCGUGGGCAAGGCCCACACAAGAAAAUGCAGAAAUCCAGCACGGGGAGAACCACCAAGACCCAGCGACGGAGGCUGACGGGCAAAAUGGGCCGUGACCAAGAUUAACAGAGAAACCAGUGCUCAGACCAGCAGCUGGGACAGGACUCCACAUCUGGCCUGCUUCACUCUGGGGCUCCUUCACAGUGGGCAACAGCCUUGUUUACUUGGCUCUCUGAGUGGCAGUGAGACCGUUUCAGCCUUUUUCUCACCUCCUGAGCUAGGGUGACUAGACACUCUACCCGCUUAUUUCUCCAGUGAUCUCUGGCUGAGUGUCCAAGUGCCACAGAGUCUCUAAAAACGUGUGCUGGGGGUUACAUUCUCUGUUUGGUAUAACCCUUCUGUCCUUGGGCUUCCCUCCCUUCCAGAGCUGAUACUUGGCUUCAUCAAAGGAGAGGAUCUGGGGCAGAGUGCCAUAGGCUUAUCUUCAGGACAGUUCAUGAGACUUGGAAGAGCUCUGCUUCCACUCAUACAUCACUGCCCUGGCAUUUCUGCUCUGCAGUAAAUCCUUUUUUCCAUGGAGACAUGGUGUCACCUUGUCUCAUGUGGGUUUGUUGGGUUUUUUUUCUCCAAGGCCACACCUGAAUGCAGGGGUACUUUUUGUUUGGUACCUGUGCCAGGUGACAUUUAGUAACUUAAUAAAUCUUUUUAUUAAGUCAUCUUGCUAAGAAAAGGGAAAAAAUACAAAAAAAAACACCCCAACAUUGAAAAAUAUGUGACUUAUUUGAAGCACAAGAACAACUGUGCUUAACACCAGUUAGGAUCUGGAAAGAGGGGAGGUGGUUCCUGGUGUUUAAAGGGUAUUGAAAUCCACGGGUGCUUGGGAAGUGGAAGAGCCAGCAGCCAUUUCUGUGGUGACACAGAGCCAGUCAGAGCAGGAAAGGCUCAUUCCAUUGUCUGAAUAUUCUGAUCUUAAGUGUGAUAGCUCAGGGGAGUAUGAAAUGUCCCGUUGCCCUCAGCUGUAUGUGUGUGGCCCUCUCUGGGUGGGGAGGGGCAGAGGCUGCCUUUUACCUCAAGGCUACUGCAGACACUAGUUAUUUGCCUUUCUUCUUGGGACUUCAGCAUGGUUUUUUUUAGCAUGGAUGCCUUCAGCAGGGUGGGGGUAAAGGGUUUAUGGAGUCAGAGUUGAGGAAUACUGGUGGCAAAAUGAUGAGUGAAUCCUCUGAGGAGGAGCAUGAGCCUAGGCAGCAUGCCGACCUCUCUCCUGGAAUAUCUACAGGAGAUGGUGGCCAUUCUGCCUCUGUCAGCCAGGCCUCCUCCCAUGCCACAUGUGUAUGGGCAAGGAAAUGACAGAGGAAGAAAAGGCCUGUGUGGCUAAAACCCAGACCAGAAAAUUGGCAGCCUGGCAAUGGAUGAGGAUAUAAAUUCCCUCAUGCCAGAAAUGGGAGAGUAAAAAGUAAACCAUUGCCUGAGGCUUCAUGGAGGAACAUCAAAGCAAUGCUGAUGGCCACCAGCCUGAUGUCUCCAUUUUUUUAGAGCAUCUGCAUGCAGAGAAGCUCUUCAGAGAGUGCUGAGGAGGAGGAAGUGAUCUCAACACUGGCAACAGCUGUGCAAUUUCUGCUAGAGCACCUUUCUCCAAAGGGAGAAAGGCUGAUACAUGUGCUUGUGAGGAAUUGAGGACCUUUGACAUCUCCCUGUCCCUUCUGAAGAAGAUAAAUGUGGGGAAGUGGACGCUGUUGCACCAUGUGCUGCUGCUGCCUUGUGAU